AAAGAGGCCAGGUUGCGUCAUCGAACUUCAACUUCGGUCCAAAUAAGGAAGGUUGUAUGAUGGCCGAAACCAAACUACCGGCAUCCAUUCCUUCAAUGCAAAAGAAGAACACCGUAAAGGAACUGCUCAUGUUGAGACGCCAGCAAUGGAAGCCCGAGCAUAGAUUCAAAGUCGCCAAAUACAACAUUGCUGAUGCGAGUCCUCCACUGCCAAGCCCUCCUGCACUCCUGAACCCAAACACCACAGCUAACUUUGUCCCUGCUGUUCCUCAAAACGCCUACAUGACCGCGCAACACAUUCAGCAUCCCGUGCAACGUCCUGCUCUGCAGGGACAAGAUGUUCCAGCGCCCGAGUUCAAAAUGACUCUGUUUCAAUGGCAAAUUCAGCAAGAGUUCAAAAAAGCUCAGGGACUGACAGCAGAUCAGCUGAACAUGCAGGACUCGGACGGUGACACAUUUCUUCACAUAGCUGUGGCUCAAGGUAGACGAGCUCUCGCCUAUGUGCUCGCUGCAAAAAUGGCCAGUUGUGGCUCUCUGGACACAAAGGAACACAACGGGCAGACGGCUCUCCAGAUCGCAGCUGCCACCAACCAGCACCUAAUAGUUUGCGACCUUCUGACUCACGGGGCUCAGAUCAAUAUCCGAGACCUGUGGGGUCGCUCUCCUCUGCAUGUGUGUGCCGAGAAAGGCCACUUCCACACUCUGCAGAGCAUCUGCAGAACCGUAACAGGAAGUGGUCAGUCAGCUGAUGUGGAGAUGUUCAAUUAUGAUGUCCUGUCCCAUAACGCUCUUGUUAAAGAGACGAGAACUCUUGAGAACCCAUGUUCUUACAUGACAUCGGAGCUGGCCCACAAGAGACGCAUGUACGUGGAAUGUAUUAGGACUCUGAUGCACAUGGGCGCCUCUUACGGGACAAAGGAUUUAAAAAGCGGAAGAACUUGCCUUCACAUGGCUUCUGAGGAUACAAAUUUGGAGCUGCUCAACAUCUUUCUCGAACAGCCAACGUCCCUGGCCUUUGUGAAUGUUAAGACGUUCAGUGGCAACACGGCCCUGCACAUCGUCAGCUCUUUGCAAAACUACAAAAGUCAAGUGGAAGCUGUGAAGCUGCUGAUGAGGAACGGUGCCGAUCCGGGGGCGAGAAAUUAUGAAAAUGAGCUGCCGUGCCAGCUGGCACCCGACGGCCCCGUGGGUGAAAAGGUGCGGCAGAUCCUGAAGGGGAAAUAUGUUCAUGUUUAA